AUGGCAACCAAUAUCACUUGGCAUCCAAACCUCACUUACGAUGAGCGCUCAAGCUUAAGAAAACAAAAAGGCGCAACAGUUUGGCUAACAGGUCUCAGCGCUUCAGGUAAGAGUACUAUUGCAUGCGCCUUGGAGCAGCUAUUACUUCAACAAGGCAUUUCGGCCUACAGACUAGAUGGCGACAAUGUCCGCUUUGGGUUGAACAAGGACUUGGGGUUCUCGGAGAAAGACAGAAACGAAAAUAUUAGAAGAAUAUCCGAGGUUUCUAGGCUAUUUGCUGAUUCGUGUACCAUAUCAGUCACCUCUUUUAUUUCCCCGUAUCGUGCUGAUCGUGAAAGUGCAAGAGCUCUUCACAAGGACAGUGAUUUGAAAUUUGUUGAGGUUUUUGUUGACGUCCCAUUAGAGAUCGCUGAACAGAGGGACCCCAAGGGACUGUACAAAAAGGCUAGAGAAGGCGUCAUAAAGGAGUUUACUGGUAUAUCUGCUCCUUACGAAGCUCCAGAGACCCCAGAGAUUCAUUUGAGAACCGAGAAGCAAUCGGUAGAAGAGUGUGCACAGCAAAUCUACUUGUACUUAAAGAAAGAAUCUAUAGUUUAA